AUGGACCAAUUCCAGAUUUCGAAACAGGUCGCUGAACAGUGGAGAGCCGAGUCGGACGAGACGAGGCGGAUGUACAUCCAGCAGACGAUGCAAGCCCAGGCUACCGGACGCUACCCCACUCCCCAUCCUAAUCCUAAUUCGCGGUACCACCACCACCCCUCUCGUCCCUCUCCCCCUUCCGGACAGUGGCUUGAAGGACAAGGCCAAGGACAAGGGUUCCCACCCUCCCAACCCCUCGCGAGCGCUUCCCGCCGUUAUCACGAUCAGACGCCCAGUGCCAGUCCCAGUCCCAAUUCCGAUCCCGAAUCAGAAUCAGAAUCAGCGGUACUAGACCCGUACACCCUCUUCGACAAAAUCUCCUCCUACCCACCAGGCUUCGCACCUCCCAACGGGGAAGGGCUCCCCACCCCUCCGCCCGCCCCUCCGCACGACGCUACGGUGGCGAUGGGUCGGUAUCCCGAAUUUCACUAUAACCACCAGAACCAGUAUCAGCAGCAGCAACAGCAACGUCAUCCUGCGUAUGCAGGAGCGCAGAGCCCACAUUACCCUUCUGUGGGCUCGCAUUGUCCGUCGCAGCGGUUCCCCCUCCCCAAAGUCGAGCGGCUCGUCAUCGUCAUCGACGCAUACACGCUCUGGCACGCGGCGCAGCAGCCCCUAGGAGGAUCAAUGAUGCAUCAUGGUAGUGGUAGUGGUGGCCAUUCGAGGAGUAGAAGUGGUAGUGGAUGCCCCUCCCCGAGUCGAUGCAUGGAGAUGUGA